AUAACGACUAAUGCACAAUGAUUUAUAUAGCACAUUUCUGUCUAAUUAUUUAUAGUUAAAACGCGUGGAACCAAUGAACCAUAAACAUAGACGUAUAGCUACAAUCCACAACUACAGAUCACUUUUGUAUACAAAAUAAUGUAUUUUUAUUUUAAUGACGGUACAUACAAAUGUGAUGUCAAAACUAUAAAGCCUAGAGAAAUGUUAUUAUCCAAUUCUUAUAGUAUUUCAACGAAUUCGUAAUAUAACAUACAUGACACACGUAUUAUACAUACGUGUCCGUUACAGUUGCUAUUUGCCAUUCAGUAAUUUAUCUUUCUGUGAAACUUUUUUAUGUUUAAAAUAUAGCUAUGCAUGAUUCAUAUUCCAGAUAAGUUAGCUAAGAACAACAUAUAAUAUAAUAAAUACUGGUGACAAUACAAUAUCUUAUAUUCGUCGGCAUUGUCAUUCUCGUAGAUGUCCUCGAUUGAAACACGACAAACGAUAAUCAUGGCUAAUUUGAAGACAAUUUGUAUGGCAAUAAUCUAUAUUAUUAUAUCCACUAUUUCGUCUGUUGUAUUGUUUAAAUUGGCGCCGAAUUAUACUCUGACGUACAACGAUUAUGCCGAGUUAUGUGCUCCGACCAUUUCGUGUGACGCAAAUGCCAAAUACCGGAGUAUCAAUGGAUCGUGCAACAAUUUGAGAACUCCAUGGUUUGGUGCUUCUAUAACCCCACAUUUACGAAUACUCGAUGCUUACUACGAUGAUGGGGAGUACCAGUUCCGUAAGCAAGCAAACGGCAAUCCAUUGCCUAACGCCAGAUACAUUCAACAGAAAGUGUUUCUUUACAAACAGUUUCCAUACCCGAACGACCAUAACGUUCUUUUCAUGGAAUGGGGUCAAUUUGUUGCACACGAUACAACUCAUUUACCACCCGACGUUUCAGUCGGUGGCACAUGUUGCAAUUUACAAAAAGCCAAACCGGUGCCUCCCCAAUGUCAAGCGGUCAUUGAAGUGCCAAAAAACGAUCCAAUUUAUUUAAAACGUGGACAGACGUGCCUCAAUUUCAACCGUGCACGGACGUCUAUUUCCUACGGCUGUCGAUUAAAACCUACGACAUUUAUGGUCGAGGCUACGCAUUUCAUUGACGGAUCCCAAAUAUACGGUUCCGAUGAGAAAGUCGCUACAGACUUGCGGUCGUUCAAGGACGGUCGAUUAAAAUCGGACUUUUACGUAGGUCAGCAAGAAUUUUGUCCGCAAAGGAAUCGGACGUCAAAGCAAUGUGACACAUCGCCAAAUUCGUCUGUUUGUUUUGCCGCUGGUGAUAGUCGGGUAAAUCAAAACCUAGGAAUCGCUCUUUUCCAAAACGUGUUUUUGAGAUUCCACAAUAUUGUUGCAUAUGACUUGAAACGUUUCAAUCCGUUUUGGCGUGACGAAAAAAUUUAUCAAGAAACGCGUAGGAUUGUAAUCGCCGUCAUUCAGCACAUUACGUACACCCAUUAUCUGCCGAUUUUGUUGGGAGAACAUUUCAUGCAUUUAUAUGGAUUUUUCGAACAAACGGUAUACGACGAAAAUGUAAAUCCGGGCACGACCCAAGAGCAUUCGACAGGCGCGUUCCGGAUACUCCAUAAGGAAAUCCCUUCUAUCUUAAAUUUUAUAGAUAAAUACCACUUCAAUAUCCAUCCCGUUUUUCUCACCGACUGGAUGAACAAACCCGAUCUUUUGCCAUUAUCGAAUAACUUUGAUAUUUUGCUACGUGGAUUUCAAGAAAUGCCUACUCGUCAAGAACAGUCGUCUUACAACGUUUGGAUUUCAAAUUGCUUAUUCCAACAAACUAUACCAAAAUUCAGCGGAAGUGAUUUGCUCUCGACGGAUAUACAAAGAGGUCGAGAUACCGGGAUGCCCCCUUAUAACAAGAUGAGAUCGGUUUGUGGAAUUCCGGAAGCUAAAGAUUUUGACGAUUUAAUCGAUUUAAUCCCUUACAAGGACAUCCAGAAUUUGAAAAACCUCUAUUCUUGUGUGGACGACAUCGAUUUUCUCGUGGGUGCGCUAUUAGAGAUGCCCGCCAAAGGUUCAAAGGUUGGCCCCACGACUCAAUGCAUAAUAGCUGACAAUUUCUACCGACAAAAGAUUGGUGACCGUUUCUUUUACGACAUACUAGGACAACCUGGAAGCUUUACGCCGGAACAAUUAUAUACAUUGAAAAACGUGAAUUUCGGCAAUGUAAUAUGUGCGACGUCUAAACUACGGUAUUUACCGAAAAACAUAUUUAUGCCAUUCGACAGAAGAACUAAUACAAGACAAAUCGAUUGUCACACUUUUACACUAAAUCUGAAGGCGUGGGAGGAUACGUCUUAUUAAAGUGAUUAAGAUAAUCAUAAGUUAUCGUUUGUUUAAUUUAGUUACAACGCUGUGUAUUAUAUUAAAAUAUCAAUUUACCAUCAGACCCGGGGAUUCUUCAUUAUUCCUAGAUUUCAGCAUAAUAUGUUAUUAAUAUAACUACAGAUUAAUUUAACACCAUUGGAAGUUUGAUAUCAAGCACUCAGAUAAAAUUAGAUACUUACAUAAUAUUAUAUAUUAUUAUUAUUUAUUUUUACAUUAUUAUUAUUAUCUUUACCCUGCCCCUGAGCCCAAAAACAUGAUGGUGACACCAAAUAAUUCAAUGAUAUAAAUUAUAAAAUCAUUGUAUAUUAUGUGGUGUACCGAGUACUAAUAAUUAACACAUAAAUUAUAAAUUGUA